GCGGAACCAGCUGAUCGUUUUGCCAUCCAAACACCAUUGCUACCAUGUCAGGCAGCCGCCUGUCCUUAUGUGGGAUUAAGUGACGCUGGAACUACACCUGUAACCUUUGAAAGAGGAGGAUGCCUAACAGCAGCGUAACCCAGCAAAACCAUUCCUCCAAUGAGAUGCUGCCAGACACCUCAGACAGGUUCCGCAAUGUUCUUAUAGCCCUGUACAUCAUCAACCUGGCUGGCGGCACCCUUGGGGUCAUCAUGAUGUCCCAUCAGUUGUUUCAAAGGAGGUCACAAUCUAUGAUGACCAUUAUCAUCAUCAACCUCCUGGUGCUGCACACCUUUCUGCUACUCAGCAUCCCCUUCCGCCUCAGCUAUUACAUUUUACGGGAAUGGAAAUUUGGGAGGUUCGCCUGCAAGUUAGCAAGCGCCAUCAUCUACCUCCACAUGUACACCACCUUUGCAUUUUACGUGGCUAUCAUCAUAAUACGCCUCUUCCGACUCGAGCUUAGGAAGUGCUACACUACAACCUGGGUGGCUGCUGUCUGGCUGGUGGGAGUGCUGGUGAUCACACCUGUUUUUCUCUCGUACUAUGGCACCUCUAAGACAUAUCGUUCCUCCGAAUGCUUUCAGUUCCACAAGGAGAUACAAGAGCUGCCCAUGGUGAUCAUAAACUACUGCUUGGUUGGGAUUUUGGUGGCAGUUUGUGCUGUUCUCACCAUAAUCCAGUUGUCUGUGAUCUAUAGACUGGCUGUGAAAUACUGGCCCGACAUCAACUCCCACGUGGAAUUCAGGGCUCAGGCAAAGAGUUUCUUCUUCAUCUUGGUAACAUUAGUGUGCUUUAUGCCUCAUCAUGUAUUCAGAGCAUACUACAUCCAAAACUGCCACCUGGAUAAAGACCAUAAACUACUCCCAUACAACGAAAUUUUUUUAGCUUUAACAACAAUGUGCUGCUUGGAUAUGUUGUGCUUCAUAGCAGGAAUAGCCCACUGAACGAUGAACUACCAGGCAAUCCAGCUGCAGUGUGUCAAUACUGGCUUUUGGCAGGAAACAGUGUUGGGACUUUGCUGAGCUAGGGAGACUGCUGAGUUUUCAGCAUGGCUGUAUAGGUCUGUAGAGCUGUUUGCCUUCUGCAGACCAGUAAGAUCCAUCUUUCAGAAGCUACUGGUUUUUAUCAUCUCUCUUGAAGGCAGACUCAUGAGUGUUACUCUCGUCUUUGACCUAAGAGUCAUACUCUGCAGCUUCAUUAAGAUUAUCCUCAGCUGUCCCUCUCUAACAAUUACAGCCUGAGUAUCCAUUCCUUUCUAUUUUUUCCUCAAAGUGUCUCAGUAACAACGACCCGCUGUGGCCAAUAAGGUGCCCACUCUGAAGGUCUAACAACUUCUUCUGGCAAUUGUGAUACUGGAGGGAAGAGAGGGGAGAAAGAAAUUCCCUUACGGGAUUUUUGUACUAGUGAUUUUAGAUAGCAAGGACAUAAUCUCUAUUGAAAUAAAAAGUAUUCAAGGUAUGAAACAGGGUAUGAAUAUUGUAGUAGCAUAAUUCAGCAGAAUCCUUCUUUUCUUCUGUUAUACAAAGUGUAUAUUAAAUUAAAUUAUAUGAAAACACUUAUCAUUCUGACAACUUCACCUUUACUUGCUUCAUUCCAAAACCACAAGCAGCUCACUGAAUUGUGGUAAUUACACAUUUAGAGUGAGUGAGAGCAGAACAAGCCAUAAGUUUCAAAACUUCUGCCUUAUGUCACUCUCCCAUCAGGACUGGAUCUGUGGCUGUUAUCCCUUAGGUUCGUUGCAGCCGAAGAAAUACAAGUUACUGUGGUCCCAUAACUGGAUCUGGAAUUCAAAUCGAGCGGUCUGGUCCUUUACUGAAGGAUCAGCCACUCUCUGGGAGAGGGAAAUAUUUUAUCAGCCUUCAAAACCCCUUUGAUGUCUGGUCACUUUCAGUUGCCCGUUGAUUUAUUAUCAGAUGCCAUAUUUUUUCCAUUUGCACAUGUAACAAAG